AUGGUGUCGGCGCUGACAGCUCCCGCUCAGCAGCUUCGAGAACUGAUUGCACAGUCUCGAGAUCGGGCCAUUCUCUUGCCAGGUGUCCACGAUGCCCUUUCCGCUAAGAUCUUCCAGCAACAAUCUGCCGAGUGCUUGUUUCUGUCAGGAUUUGGUGUGUCGGCCUCUUUUCUGGGGGCUCCUGAUGCCGGAAUCUUGACCUUGUGUGAAAUGGAAGAUACCGCACGUCGUGUUGUGAACGCUGUGGAAGGCAAAAUCCCAGUAUUGGUGGAUGGCGACACGGGUUAUGGAGGAUGCUCCAACAUGAGGCGAGCCAUUCGAGGUCUGGCUCGUGCUGGGGCCGCUGCCAUUUCCAUUGAAGACCAAAUAUUUCCCAAAAAGUGCACCUACAGCGCUGGCGAAAACGGAGCCGCCGUUGUGUCCCGCAGUGCCUCCAUUGCCCGCAUCAAAACAGCUCUGGCUGCAGCCAAAGAAGCGUACGAGCAAGAUGGAAAUGAUGUGCUGAUUAUUGCAAGAUCAGAUUGCCGUGCUUCGGAGGGGCUGGAACAAGCCAUUAGUCGGUGUUUGGAAUAUGAAGAGCUGGGGGCUGACAUUGUGUAUGCCGAGAACCUACAGUCUCCGGAAGAAUAUCAAACCUUGCGUGGUUCCUUGGCCCCGACAACCCCCACAAUUCUAGCUCAAGUCCAACUCAAUGACCCCAACAGCGAGCAACGACUAUAUUCUCUGGAGGAGGUUCAUCAGUUGGGUUACAACUUGGCACUAUUUGGGGUUACAGCACUUCAGGCUACGGUUCAUGCAUUGCAAGAAACGGCUUCCGCCAUGCGACGUCAUCAAGGAAUCCUUCCUGGCAGCAACGACAACCAAUCUCCUUCUCUCUCGUCGUUUUCAAACCUCAAGACUGUGGUGGGUUUCCCAGAAUUGGAAGACUUUGAACGGGAGUACUUUUGUGAAUAG